AUGAUGGAUUUAGUUGUAAUGAUGAUGAUUGUAGUUAUGAUGCAGGUGGCGCAGACGAUAUUAGUUACUGAAGAUGAAGAUAUGUAUUUUGAUUUUGCGGUUGGUUAUGAUCGUGACUGUGGUGAUGAUGGUGAUUAUAGUGGUGGUGAUGGUUGUGGUUGCCAGAGUAAACUUACCGAUGUUUUGUUAUCAAGCGGGUGUGGAUAUAACACAGAUGUAACACAUCAAGAAGUAAACGAAAUGGCAACCGGAGGUCAACCUCAGACGCCAGACAACCGUAUAUUUUUGUUUCGGUUACAAAUACUCGUCAUUGAUGGUGGCCUCCUGAUAUUGAGAAAUAUACUAGACCAGUCCCUGACAUCUCAAUGCAUAACGUUCAGUGCGUGCUUGAAUCAAGAAAAGUCAACAAUAACACGUUUGAAAAGCCGCGGCGUUAUAACCCAGGUCCAAUAUGACAUGUUGUUUCCAGCAGGUGGUAAAGUACAAACUUCGUCAGAUUUGGACAUCACGCUUAUCAUUUGUCUUCUUAGAAACUUGAAAUGUUUCGGAUUAAAUAGAAAAUUUGACUGGAAUGCAACACCAGCACCAACCGAUGUAACAAUGGAGGCAGACAUAUGUCGCUUAAAGGAUUUCCGAAAUAAAAUAAGUCAUAUAUCAACAACGACUGCAAUACAACAAAAUGAUUUUACAGCUUGGUGGACUGAUAUUGAACAGAUACUUGUUCGUCAAAGUUCUCCGGCUGUGAAUAUUCAGCAAACAAUUGCCGAAUUCAAAACUAUCCCUCUUGAUCUGAAAGAAGAAAGAAGGAUACAGGAAGAAAUAAAAAAGUGGAAGGACUAUGAAGCCGAUGUUGACCGACUGAAACAGGAAAUGACAGACGUGAAAGAAAAUGUAACUGAUGUGAAGAAAGACCUUGAAGACGUAAAGGAAAAUGUAACUUAUGUACAGAAAGACCUGGAAGACAAGGACCUUAAAGACGUAAAAGAAAAUGAUACUGCAGUGAAGAGAGACCUUGAAGACAUAAAGGAAAGUGUAACUGAAGUGAAGAAAGACCUUGAAGACGUAAAAGAAAAUGAUACUGCAGUGAAGAGAGACCUUGAAGACAUAAAGGAAAGUGUAACUGAAGUGAAGAAAGACCUUGAAGACGUAAAAGAAAAUGAUACUGUCGUGAAGAGAGACCUUGAAGACAUAAAGGAAAAUGUAACUGAAGUGAAGAAAGACCUUGAUGAGAUAAAAACACGGAAAUGGGCAGGUUAUAUUUGUUGA